GGCUUCGCCCUGUAUUGCAUCGGUCUUCAGGAAUUUCACAUUUCACUAGGGGUUUAGCCAUUGCGUCUAAUAAAUCUACCUUGGGUUUUGAAGCAACUUCUGUGAAAAAACCAAAUCGGCCGAUUUAUCUUGAUCUACAAGCUACAACUCCUACUGACCCGCGUGUACUUGAUGCAAUGAUGCCAUAUUUGACUCAACAAUAUGGUAAUCCACAUUCAAGGACUCACGCAUACGGAUGGGAAGCUGAGAAAGCAGUUGAACAAGCCCGUGUACAUGUAGCCACUUUAAUUGGUGCAGAUCCAAAAGAAAUAAUUUUUACUUCAGGUGCUACAGAAUCGAAUAACAUUAGUGUUAAAGGCGUUGCUCGAUUUUAUAAAACUAACAAGAAGCAUCUUAUCACAACUCAAAUUGAACAUAAAUGUGUCCUUGAUUCAUGUCGAGUUCUUUCCGAAGAAGGGUUUGAUAUUACUUAUUUACCUGUUAAACCAUCAGGUCUUAUCGAUCUGAAUCAAUUUGCUGAAUCAAUACGUCCUGAUACUUCAUUAGUGUCUAUAAUGAUGGUUAACAAUGAAAUUGGUGUGAAACAACCAACUAAAGAAAUUGGUCAAAUUUGUCGUUCGAAAAAUGUUUUCUUUCAUACAGACGCUGCGCAAGCAUUUGGAAAAAUUCCCCUUGAUGUUAAUGACAUGAAUAUUGAUCUGAUGAGUAUUUCAGGUCAUAAAAUUUACGGUCCAAAGGGUGUAGGUGCUUUGUAUGUUCGUAGAAAGCCAAGAGUUAGAGUUGAGGCUCUACAAAGUGGUGGUGGGCAAGAAAGAGGAUUGAGGAGCGGAACUGUGCCUACACCGUUAGUCGUAGGGUUGGGUGAGGCUUGCAGAAUCGCUAAGGAAGAAAUGGAGUAUGAUGACAAACGUGUUAAAAAACUUUCACAGAGACUAAUUGACGGAAUCAUGGGAAAAGUUCAAUACGUAGUUCGCAAUGGUGAUCCAAAUUCGGGCUGUGUAAAUCUCUCAUUUGCCUAUAUUGAGGGCGAGUCACUUUUAAUGGCACUUAAAGAUAUUGCACUUUCUUCUGGUUCAGCAUGUACAUCUGCAUCCUUGGAGCCCUCAUAUGUUUUACGUGCAUUAGGUGCCGAUGAUGAUAUGGCACAUUCAAGCAUUAGAUUUGGUAUAGGAAGAUUUACUACAGAAGAGGAAAUUGAUUUUGUUGUGAACAAAGUUGCACAACAUGUUGACAAACUAAGAGAAAUGUCACCACUCUGGGAAAUGGUGAGUACAGUAUAA